UCUCCGUCCGGAACUGCAGCAUGGAGCCGGAGUUCCGGGGUCUGGGCCGCUGCGCGUGCAGCUUCUGGCUCGCCGUGGCCUUUGACAUCGCGGGGCUCGUGGUGCUCCUCGUGGGGGUGUUCGCCAACGUGUUCUUCUACGACCUGCUCAUCUACGCGGGCUCCAUCGUCAUCUUCCUCAGCCUCAUCUGGUGGGUGUUCUGGUACUCCGGGAACAUCGAGGUGCCCCCGGCCGAGCUGCAGGACGACGUGGGGCUGCUGAAGAAGGCCAAGUCCGGGGGGGGGAGCGGCCUGGGCGGGACGGUGCGACGCCUCUCCAGCCGCCUGACGCACGGCUUCAGGAACUCGUUCCGCAGGAACGGAGGGCCCCCCGCCGGCCGGGCGCAGCAGCCGGGGGUCGCACAAGUGGCGGUUGCCAUGGCAACGGUGUCUCCGCAGGACAGCAGCUCGCGCGCUGCUGUUCCCCCCGAGGCUGACGGUGACGUCCACAUGUCGCGCACAACAAUGGAGACGUCAGCUACGUAACAGGGAGGGUUCUGGUUCUGGCACCUUCUGAAGACAAAUGGACCGACAGAGUCCUGGGCAUUACGCACUUUACUCUGAUGGAAAAUUUUCACUUUUAAUGGCUUUACGAAUAUAUCAUUCUAAUGUUGGAGAAAUGUGAGAGGGGUUAUCAGAUUAGAACUGAACCUGGGGAUGUUUCUUUAAUUAUUAUUUUUUUAAGCUGUAAGACAAACUUGUAAAAACUGAU